AUCCACGUCACGUCUUUUACGCCAAUUGACAUCCAAUCGAGAGAGAAAGCCAGUCUGUCAGAGAGAGCGAAGAAAAGAAAAAAAAAAAAAAAGACAAAUCAAUCAUGCCUUCCAAACGCAACGCCGCUACCUCGACCGCAGGCCCCGUCCCCGCGCCCUCACCACCCACUAUACCCUCAUCUUCAGCAUCACCGUCCAACACCACUAUCACCACUCCUUCCGCCUCCCUCUCCUCCGGCCCCAAGACCCUCACCACCAACUCUUCCGUUCUCGACAUCGCCCAGACCGUGUGGCAGCAAUACCUCGCCACGACGCCCCAGCGCACGCUUCUCCUGGAUGCAUUCAUGGGCUUUCUGGUCCUUGUCGGCGGCGUGCAAUUCCUCUACUGUGUUCUGGCGGGCAAUUACCCAUUCAACGCCUUCCUGAGCGGCUUCUCAGCUGCUGUGGGCCAGUUCGUGCUGACGGCUAGCUUGCGCAUGCAGACUUCUUCGGCUUCCGGGUCGGAGGUCGCCUCGUCGGCUGGCGGGAAGACGGGGAAGGGGAAGGGUGCUGCUGCGGCUGCUGCGACUUCUGGGAAGGAGACGGGGAGUGGGAUCUCGCAUGAGAGGGCGUUCGCGGAUUAUAUCUUCGGGAGUCUGAUUUUGCAUUUCUUCUGUAUUAACUUUAUUAACUGAGGGGGAUACUCUGGGCUGGGCUGGAUUGUGUGGUAUGGUGGUGGUGGCGGAGGUGAGUCGUGGUCUCUGGGGGCGGAUUGAGGAGUUGGCGGACCGGAGUGGGACAUAGGCCUGUCGUUUCAGGGGCUGGGGCUGGCUGUCUUCGGUGGUGGUUUGGACGGAGGUUCAUGUCCCUGGUGGAUUGAUGCUCUAUGCCGUUUGGUGGCCUUAACUGGUCUGGUCUGCUCCUGGUUCGCGAGGCUCUUGUAGGACUACCGGGAACGAAAGCAUGGGGUGCCGAUUAUAUUUGUUAUACUUCCAGCUUUGAGGCAUCGAAUAUCAAAAUCAUUUCAUGAC